CCAACCGAAACGAACUAACCGCCUCCCCCACCCCAAGAAUCCAAGGCGAAAGCCACGAACCCGAGCGGCGCCGGCUGGCCAUGGCGGCGGCCCACUCCCACCCAGACCCGCAGUCCUUCUUCUUGACGCCGCCGCCGCGGCACCUCGCCGAGCUCCGCAUCGACCCCGCACCCUCCGCGGUCGCCUUUUCCGCGCCCUGCGGCGCCGCCGCGGGUGCGGGGCGCAAGCGCCGCUGCCUCCUCCCUGCUUCCUCCGUCCGCAAGAGGAUGCUGCUCGAGCUGUCCCCCUUCGACCUCGCGCCCGCGCCGGCGCCGUCCACCCCGCCACCUCCGCCGUCGCGGACGCCCUCUCCCUCGCCGCCUCCCUCGCCGAUGGCGUCGCGCGCGGGGACCAGCCCGGCCUCGGCAGCCAGCGAGUUCUCGUUCGAGGCGGGGUGCCGGUUCGUGCCGACCGCCUCGGCGCACGCUGGAGCCGGGAACAUCUUCGCGUUCUUCGAGAACGCGCCGAGGACGCAAGGGGGAUCCGAUGCCAGCAGCGCUAUGUCUUUCUUGACUUCGCAGGGGAAGCCGGCGACACCCGUGGACGCCACCGCGACCGGCGCAUUCGCGUUCUUGACCGCGCCGGAGCGGCCCAAGACGCCCACGGGCCCCACUGCCAGGGGAGGGUUCGCUUUCUCGGCUUCUUCGCCGGAGCGGCCGCUGAUGCCCACGGGCUCCAAUACCAGCGGCUGCCUCUCAUUCUUGGCUUCGCCGAAGCAGCAGGUCACGCCAACGGGCUCCACCGCCAGCAGUGGAUUUUUCGCUUCACUGACCUAUGAGCCGUCCUUGACGCCCACUGGCAGCGGCGCCGCCGCGUCCCUGCCCUCCCCGAAGCCGCCGCGCGCGGGCUCCACCGACAGCGGCGGCUUCGCUUUCUUCCCUUCGCCGGGGCCGGCUUGCGCUCACAUUGGGUCUCCAGCUUCCGCGGCGGCCAAGGAGACGGUGCCCCCCGCGGGCAUUGUCACGCCGUCGUUCGUCUUCUCGGCCUCGCAGUCGCCGCCUCCGCUGCGCAAGUCCGGCGGCGGAACCAAGAAGAGGCCGCGGCCCCACCUCCGCCUCGACGCGACCCCGCGCCGCAGGAGCCUGCAGCAGUGGGAGGAGAAGCAGCAGUUAACCCCGCCGCCGCAGAAGGUAGCCAAGACGAACGCCUCGACCACCGGCGACGCCUCCCGCUCCUCCAUCAUGUCCGGGUCGACGACUGGGAAACCGUGCUGCGCGUUCUUCACUUCGCCGUCCAAGGCGGCCAAGCAGGAAGCCGAGAACGCUCACAGUGAGGCAUCUCGCUCGCCGGCUGGAUCACGCUGCACGUCGCCGGCGAGGCCUUCCUCAGCGGCGAAGGCGAGCAAACCGGAGCGAGAGGUGGAAGUGUCCAGCGCAGCCUGCUCCGGUGCCGAGGUGGUGGUGCGCGUGACCUGCAAGUGCGGUGUCCACAAGGAGUUCUCCUUCGACCACCGCCUCUGAUCGACCAGCUCCCCGUCCAUUCUCACCGUCAGUUUCGCUUCGUCGACGGAUUAGACUGCUCCGUUUCUUCCUUUCGGCAGUGUGUUGUUCGAGCAACUUAGUCAGAGUAUAAACCGAACUUAGCACAAACGGUAACUGCACUGAGUUCAGAACUGUGUGGAUUUACGUAGAACCGUUUUGAGACUUGAAGAGCUGUAGGAUAAUGUGAAUGUCUUCUAUUCUUCUGUCUUCUUUUCCCCUAAACUGUAAGAACAUAUAGCACUUGUCUUUCAUCUGAAUGCCUUCUGUAUGAACUUACGUAGAACGUUUUCCCUAAACUGCAA